AUGUCAGAACGCGAGCAGGGACCUCAAUUCGAGUAUGACAGUCCCAUAGCAGAGUAUUCAGAAGAUGCAUCCUCGGCAAUCGGGCCAGUUCCAGAAACAGAGUCCUCACCAGCUCUAAACUAUUCAAAUAACGCGUCUACGCAGGAUGUCUCGGUCGACUCGAGUCAAAUCGGCCCAGUGCCAGAAAACUCUAUGGAUUCCGUCACUUCGGCGACAUCUGCUGCCACAACAAGACAUGUUCCCAAACGAGAGAGUGAGGAUCAAAGUCAGGAUGCUGAUGAAGAGGAUACAACGGAGAGUGAAGAAGAAGACGAGGAUGAGGAGAGCGAGGACGGCGAGGAAGAGGAACCUGUUCUCAAGUACGAGAAGAUUGGAAAUGACUUGGUCGAGAAAUUUGAGAAAGAUGGUGCCAGUGCUAUCGCAGUCGGUCCCAGCUACUUUGCUGUUGGGACACACAAUGGCCUGGUUUACCUAUUUUCCCUAAGCGGUACACUCCUCAGACGUUACCGACCGCACUCUGCUACCAUCACCGACAUUGCAAUAUCCAGUUCACUAUCCGAGCCACCUCCGCAAUCAGUAGCCAUUCCUCAGCCUACCCUUCCCUCAUUCUCCCUCUUCCCCACUAGCUUGCCCGGAACGCCACGGACAUCAACGCCGCACAACGACGGAUCGUCAUCAGAAAAGAAAGCCCCGUCAGAGGCGCCUGCAGUUAUAUCUGAUACCAUUGCCACUGCCUCACUCGACGGCCAAGCGAUCCUGCAUUCGCUGGCUACAGGGACAACCACAGGACACAACUUUAAGCGUCCCCUCCGAACGAUUGCGCUCGAGCCCACCUAUUCGAGCUCGACAAGCAAGGCAUAUGUGUGCGGUGGGCUCGCUGGAGAACUAGUCCUCACCUCUAAAUCCCACCUAUCGCUCGGAGGUCUUGAGAAUGUUUUCGGGGGUCUAGGACUAGGAGUCGGUGGCGGUACCCAGAUCCAAAAGAUCAUUCAUAGCGGCGAGGGUCCUAUAUGGACGACGCGAUGGGACGGCGAUAUUGUCGCUUGGGCGAACGAUUUGGGUGUUCGACUCUACUCCGUGUCAAGGGGCGAACGACUCGCCUUUAUUGACCGACCAAGAGAUAGUCCCCGUGCGGACUUGUUUCAAUGCUCACUACGCUGGAUACCCAACGCGCGCAGGGACUCGAGUGCUACAGCUCAAACCUCUUUCCACGACGAACAGCAACUCAUUAUAGGCUGGGCGGACCUGGUCAAGCUCGUCCGAAUAAGUAGCCGACCUAGAGCCGCUCCCUCACAAAGUACCAGCAAGGAGACUGCCACGGGUAGUCUCGGCAUUGUCGGAGCAGCUGGACUCGGUGCAAUGGCUCCAGCUGUCCAAGGGACGGGAGUAGAGACGGUGGUCGAAGUCACCAAAGUUUUGCGACUGGACUGUAUGAUCGCAGGUGUCAUGCCGUGGCCAUUCGACGAUGUCGUCGAAGAAAAGCACGAGAAUAAAGAAGACGUAAAGCAGACUACCAUCGUACCGACCAAUGCGACCACGGCACCAAUAUCCAAUACUGGGUCGACUUCCGCCCCCCAGCCACGCAAUGCAGCAAAACCUUCGCGAGCCACGUCUUUCUUACUCCUUUCGUACCUUCCUCCAAAGGCGCUCCUUACAUCGGAAAGUACCGCUUCGCGAGCGGAUCAACGACGGCCCAAUUCAAACCCUCCCGAGUUGCAGAUUGUGACGAGCGAUGGGGACGAAAGGAGUAGCGAUGUUUUGGCUAUGAAGGGAUACGAACGGUGGGGCUGCACGGACUAUCGAAUCGUCGAGUCGUUUCCGCCCAAGCCCAGCCUGGCCACCAUGAAUAGAAAGGCCAAAGAACGUGCUGGAUCCGCCCAAUCGCUCAAAGAGAGGGAUCAUGGUGGUUGGCUCGUCAUGUCUCCCAACGGUGUUGUUUGGGUUCGUAAGCGGGAUAAGAUGGAUCGAGUUGCGUGGCUUGUGGAGCGGGAAAGGUACGAGGAAGCAUUGGCAGAAAUGGAAAGAAUGGAAAAGGAGGGAGAUUAUCUCAAGUCGGCGUCCGAACAGUACGAAAAGGCCGCUAAAUUAUGUCCUACAGUCCUCGCAAGUGAUGGAAAGGCCUGGGAGGAUUGGAUAUUCAAGUUUCGAUACGCAGAAGAACUCAGUGUCCUCGUUCCAUACAUUCCCUUCCAGACCCCAAGGCUUAGCAAGGUUGCUUAUGGAGUUGUACUGGAUUACUAUCUUCGCCAUGACGUUCCGGCCCUCAGUCGCACCAUCAAGGAGUGGCCGAGCGAAAUCUACGACAUUCCCGCUCUAAUCAAUGCGAUACCUCAACCCCCACAGACAACAAUGCUCAUGGAAUGUCUCGCCGACCUAUACAUUAAGAAUCGACAGCCUGGAAAGGCACUGCCCUACUUUCUUCGUCUCCGACGACCGAAUGUAUUCCAGCUCAUCCGAGAGAACCACUUGUUUACAGACGUGCAAGACCAAGCUCUUUUGCUGGUGGAAUUCGACCAGGAACUGCUCAAACAGAGGGAACACGUCAAGGCAACCCAACAAGCUGAAGCACCGACAAGGGCGAAUACAGCUGCUACACAGUCAAAAGCCUCGUCUCCACCAGCGAAAGGAGCCCAUCGGCGUGCAGCUACUGACUCGGUCGGAGGGAGUGGCGGAGGAGGACUGUUCCAGACCUUCUUCUCCGCUGCGGCUGCAGUACCUACUGGUGUAUUUGGUGGUGGCGGGAGUGCAAAGCCAAGUGCUCCAGCUCCUCCUAAACCCGUGGCAGCGCAGCCAACGCGACCGGUGAUGACACCACAUACGCAUAGCUCUGCGUGGACGUCGACUGCACCUGGGGAUACAUCUGACCAGACAUAUGUAGUCGCUCGUGGAGAAGCCAUUCCGCUCCUUGUUGAAUAUUCACAUUCUAUACCGAUACAAAAGGUUGUAUCACAACUGGAGGAACGACCGUAUUUCCUGUUCCUUUACCUGGACGCACUGUUUGACAAGGACCCCGAGCUCAUUGCAAACUACUUGGAGAGGCAGGUCGCCCUAUACGCAGAGUAUCGCAAAGGACGGGUGAUACGUCUGCUACAGAGUGCGCAAAACCUACAAAUCAUGCUGCCUUUUGAACGAAUUUACAAGAUUUGCGAGGACAAGGACAUGGUGCCAGAGAUGGUGUGGGUUCGAAGUCGGAUGGGGGACAACAAGGGUGCUCUAUUCCUCAUCAUCGACCGACUGGGCGACGUUUCCAGGGCAAUUGAUUUUGCAAAAGAGCGCAAAGACGACGAUCUAUGGGAGGAUCUUCUUCGGUACUCCGAGUCGCGGCCAGCGUUCAUCAAGGGUCUGCUGGAAAACGUGAGCACAGAGAUUGAUUCUGAUCCUGUCCGCAUCAUACGCCGAAUCCGGAAUGGCUUGGAGAUCCCCGGACUCAAGCAGUCCAUCAUCAAGAUUCUACAAGACUUGAACCUUCAGACGAGUUUGAUGGAAGGGUGUGGGAACGUGUUGCAAAGCGACUGCGAGUAUCUAGGCAGAAGACUACAAAGGGCUCAGGCUGGUGGUCUCGUGGGAGUUGCAACCGGGGUGUGCCCCAUCUGUACAAAGCCGCUUCACCAGGCUUCGCAGGACCUUGUGCUGGCAUUCCUCUGUGGUCACGUCGUUCAUGCUCAUUGCACGAGUGGCGGCUCUGGUCUCCCAAAGCAAGCCGACAGCUCGCUGGUGGGGAUUGGUCUAGGGGUGGAAAGAGAUAUCGGCGCAAAGCUGGCUUAUGCGGAGAUGGUCAAACGCCGCCUGGAUCACGGGUGUCCUGUGCACCAAAAGCUCGAGGAGGGCGAGUCGAGUAUCCUCCAGCCACCCACAUUGCAGUCGCAUCACUCUCACCGUCACAAGUAA